GUUUACUUCAGCUUAUUUUGCGGAAAUAUUUCACUUAUACUUUCUUCGUAGAAUUUAUUUACAGUAGAUUGAUAAGAACGAGACGAUGCUAGUCGAAGAAAGAGGUGAGGCACAGUCGCUAGCGGCAUAAAGCACAGCGAAGAAAGUACAUAAUGGAAGGCAAGCAUGGAAAGUGGGCAGGGCGGCGCGCCGCCAGGCAAAGGAUCGACUGGUUGAUACGGAACGCAGCCACAGCCUCGGUGCCCUCCGGAAAAACGGCAGGUGCCGGUCCUUCGCAUCCGGAAAGGCCUGCAGCGAAGAAAAAGAUAGGGAACGAGAAGACAUACAAGCUGCCAUCAAAAUACCCUGUUCUUCAGGAUUGCGAGAUGAAAAACAGGGAUCCCGAAGAGGACAGCACCUCUACCAUGGCAUCGGGCGAAGACGCUAGUAGAGACGCUUACCAUGAUUCUUCAACACGUCGGACAAGAACUACUUCAGACGUCGGCCCGGUGCCACGGCAAACGCCGACAGCUCCAGUCGUUACCAGGAUGGUGCGGCCGAUGACGCUGCGAGAAAUCGAGUACUUCAUGUUGAAGCUGCACCGCAAGGACGACGGCGCUUUUGUUCUCACGGACCUCUGCGAGCUCGACUUGGCUAACCAGGUGAUCGAAUUCGAAGACGUCAUAGAGGUGUACUACAAGCAGGUGUUGUUUCCUCCUAACGAGGAUACUGCAAAAAAGGGAGCCGGUGAAGCAGGGGCAAAAGGUCACAAGAACCACCAGGAGCACCCGGCUCUCGCGAUCUGGGAUGCUAUGACACAACAGGGUCCGAUGAGUGCCAAUGACAGGUUCGGGAGUGCACCAGCAUGGGGCUUGCGGAAACGAUUGUGCACGCGCGGGCAGGGCGUUUGGUCGCUGCUAGGCUACGCGCUUGCUUGCGAGCGUUACGGUGCCGUGCGAACGCUUUUGCGUGCGGGGGCGAGUCCCUGUAUACUGCGCGAAUCCGUCUUUGAGUUUGACCUGCUCUUGAAGGCCGGCGGUUCGGCCGAUACUGGUGACCUCCCUGGUCAUCAUCUCGACGGCGAUGGUGCGACAAACGUUUCAGAAACUAAUUUUAUCGACCGAACCCAAUACGUUUCUUACCGGCUUCAACGAAACAAUCAGCACAUUGGCGAGGACUUCGACCGCGGUUCCUGGUCAGAUGCGGUUGGCGCGUUUGUGCGGGAGCACGUGCAUCCCGGCUACGCCGCGUACAUUCUUUCCAUCCUGUUCGCAUCGCUCGAAGAAGUGGUUGAUGGGAAGACUUGCGACCCAGCAAAUGAGGAGGAUGUUGUUCACAGCACUUGUAGUUCUCAUCACGUUGUUGAAGAGCUAUCUUCGAAUGGGUCCUCUGCGCGAUCAACAAAAUCCACCGCCGCCGAAAAAGAAAUAAUAAAAGGAGGAGCUACAACUAGUGACCUCCCCUCGACGUCUCGUCUGCCCGCGCCGCGUUUUGUCUUUCGUGGAUACACCUGCAGGUGCCUGUUCAGUGAGCAAUGCUUUUGGAACACCUUUUGCAAUGCGGAUAAUGCCGUCGCUUUGGAGUUCACAUGUCCGAAAUGCGGGGAGUCACUGGAUAUCCUGGCGGAGAAUCGCUGGUGCCUGCGGGACGUCGAGCGCACCAGUGUGGUCGCAAGUAGUAGUCCUCUCGCGGAUCAAUCGGUGGUAAGCGUGGAAGAAUCGUUAGCCCGCUUCGCGACACUACCUGUGGACCGGUCAACAUCAUCUUCGGGCAGGACGAACAAAUCUAACAGCAGCUGCUGCCCAAAAAAUAACGGCCGGGUACUGCUGUCUUUGCGGGAAGUAAAGCUGCUAGACCAGGGGCACACGCAAAGGGAGCGGAUGCUUCGUGUGGGCGAGGCGCUUGAGCGCAACGACCUGCUGCGAUUCCAGAGUCUGUUUGAGUUGGGAAUAGACCUCCAACAGCCCGUGAACGAGUACGGCUUGUCGGCGCUGGAGUUGCUUGCGUGGCAGAGUGGAAGGUGGGAGCAGAUGAUGCCCCGUACUAAUGUCAGGCGGAUCUACUGCGCUGAGAUGCCACCGGCGAAGAGGAAACAAGCGCUGUUAUGGAGCAAGGACCGCAGGAUGUGGGAACGGCUCCAAGACGCGACGGCGCAGCAUCAUGGCGCCACACUGAAGAUGUGUAUGCAACAUACGGAGGAGGACAACGCCACGACAGGAAUCGACCGAAAGCUCAGUUGUAGAGGAGACGAACUGCUUUGUACGGAGUUCGAGCACUGUCUUCAAUCGGCCCAGUCCAUCGCUUGGGCUCAGGGCGGUCGGCAAUUUUGCGACAACAUGCAGAUGUUAUUCCCGGGACUGAAAGAUCCGUUGAGACAAUUCCUCUGCAGGAACAUCAGCCCAGGAAAAAUAGUUCCGGGUGACCGUCCGAUCAACGCGGAUAUGUGCUUUUUGUCGCGGUGCUUCCGCGUUUGGAGGCGUCGCUGCGACGUUCCAGGGGGUGCAACAAAGACCCCGCUGCCCCUGCCAGAGUUUCUGGCAGAAUCGCACACCGCAUUCUACAUCGACGGGGCAUUUUCGGAUACCUUUCUGGAAUUUUUGCGAAAAGAGUAUUUUUCUGACGCGGAUCAUGUUGAUGGGGUGAUGCAGAAAAGUAGAAGCGUCAAAGCGGAAGUGAAAAUGCCACUAGACGAGGAAAAAAAUGAUCGCGCCCUAGCAGCUCAAAAAUGCGCUUCUGUCGUUCCUGCAGAAAUAAGAUCGCAUCUGCACGGCCUUGAGGACGGCAAUUAUAAGGAAUUAGGGCGCGAACAACGCCCUGACGUCGAGCAGGACGGCGACACUAGCAACACUACGUCGAAGAGCAAAGCGAACAAGCGUAAGAACGGGUGUCGUGCGCGCACUUCGACCGAGCCGCAGCGAAAGUACUUUGCAGAUACCCACCUUCGGGUUCGAAGCGCGCUUGAAUAUGCCAUUUUGAUGAGCGCCGAAGAACGACGAGCUGCUGUGUCAGCGCCCGCGGACGAAAUCGAGAGCGCAAAGGUCUUCCCCCAGAUGCGGUUCUUGCACUACGAUGCAGAGGAGAAAGCGGCAGCGCCCCACACGGACCUGUCGCGGUCGGUGCGCAUCGAGAACCUUUCGUCCCCGAUGGAAAUUGAAGAGGCGGGACUGAUGCAACAGUGGUCGUCGGUGCAGAAAUUUACUUCGACGCACACCUUCAUCUUGUACUUGAACAGCCUGGACGAGGCCGCGUCAGUCGUGGAGUCAGAAGCUUUAGUGACCGCAGGCGGAGGUACCCCCGGUGCGACCCGCAUUCUACAGAAAGUCGUGCCGCCUUGCGCGCCCCGCGAGGUCCUCGCGGAGGUGGUGCCGAAAUUUGGGAGGCUGCUAGUUUUUCCCCACAGCUGCCCGCACGAAGGCUUUCCGGUGGGGAAGCAAGAGAAACUGCUUCUCCGCGGUGAAGUGUUACUGCAAGGAUAUCAGAAAAUGUAAGUAUGAAGGACCACAUGCACGGUCGAAGUCUCACUUUCAGUGUAUAAGUGUAUUGAAGAUGCUCGGAAAAAAAUAAUGAGUCCCGUUUCCACAUAGUAUCUCUGUCUGCGAUGUCAGUCAGGUUUUUCAGCGACGAUAGCAAGGCACGAGGCGUGAAGCCUAUCUUUCGUUUCGGGGCGGCGAAUUAGUGUGUUCUGGCCUGCAGUAAAUACAAAACAUGAAAAGACACGGGGCAGGUGCGAUGGGUCUGAAUGAAUCAGAGAGGAGGCCGCGGG